UAAAUGAGAGCAAAUGAGAUGAGCAGAGAGAGUAGAGAAAAAUCAAAUUUUACAACAGAGGGAAAAAAUAUAUUACUGUCACUAGAAGUAUUGAGGGCAGCCGUUCUGAUGUGGUUGCCCAGAAUUUAAACUUAAGGUGAAGGAGGGGAAGCUUUUGGAGCAGUGGAGACAUAGUUCCAGAUGGCUCCUAGUGUAGAAUUGUGUAAAUCGAUUCAUCUUGACUCAUUAGGUUGUUGGAUUGUUUUGUGAAAAACAAGGAAGGCUUUGCUCACAUGCGGUUGAGCUGACUGCUAAAUACUUUUGGCCUGUCUUCCUGGUUGAAAAGCUUCCCACCCUCUUAAGGUGUUGGCUUGGCACGUGAUGUGUUCAGUAUCUGCCGUCAAACCAUUUAAGAGUGCAUUGCAGCGCUGAAUAAAAGGUAUUGGAGGUCACUCUUGCCGAAAAAUAAUAGGCAGCAAGCAGCUGGUGGGGCAUGUAAUGCGGCUCCCGGACUUAGCACAGAGCUCCCCUCUUGGGGACGGAAGGCUUUUUGCUUCCAGCUUUCGCCUGCGACCGCUUUUUUCUUUGAUGAAAUAAUGAAGAGCUGAGCAAAAUGUAGAUUUAUGUGACUGUCUCUACUGGAGUCACUUCCAAGCAAAUACUCUUCAAAUAGUUGAGUGCCUGGGCUUGAAUCGGAAGACACAGGAAUCUAAAAGACACCUAGCCUGAAGGAGAAGUCAAAGAUUUGGGGAUGCUCGUUCAGCUUUGAGAACCACUGCAGCUUAGUCUGCUACACUUCCACUAGGAUGUGACAGCCACGCAGGACCUCCUGUGUCUGUGAGGGGAACAGCUUUGCAGACAAAAAUACACAAUUCACCGUUGGAAAAUCAACCAGUUGACAGUACAUUUGUCCCCAAGCCAGCAGGCAUGAGGGAGGGAAGUGGCAUACCCCCGUGGGAUGCUUCACUGCUGGAGAAUGAGUUUUUCCAAGUUUUAGAUGAUUUGGAUAGCAAACUGGCUCAGGAACAAUUUCCAAGCUCAGUGAAUACCAGAACAUCUCUCAACUAUGGAUCAAGAACACAGUUCAGUCACUUUUACUCGAGUGGGAACAGACAUGGUAAUAUGACCGGAAGGCACAACAGUCACUAUAAGGAAACUUCUAAUAUGUCUAUCUAUGACAUCCUAAGACCAGGAACCCCUAGGGAAGGUUUUAAAACCUUUUCUCCGAGAACAAGGACAAUUUAUGAUAUGUAUAGGUCAAGGGAACCGAGAGUUUUAAAGGAAGAUUAUAUGGAAAAGAAUACUUUUGGUAGUACUUCUCUGUGUUUUGACAGCAGGCAACGAUCAGCCUCACCAGCUACAGGGUAUUUCACAGCAAGAAGCUUAUAUUUUCCAGGCACAAUUCAGAACAGGAGUGGGUUUAUGCCACCAAGCCACCAGAAGAGCCCCAAGAGAACCCCUUUAUCAUCCAUCAUAUGGAAUAGUUCAGAUUCUUCUAGAGAUAGGCAGAAUCAGGAGGAGUUCCUGAGGGCACCAUCACCAAUGGAAAUUGACCCUGCUGACCAGUAUAUGUAUCCCAGGUGUUUUCAGGAGAAUAGGAGAUAUGAAUUUUACCGUUCACAGAGUGUUUACCAAAGUGUUGGUUUACAUGCCCCCAUGGAUAAUGCAAUGGGUCCUGACCCAUUGGAGAACUCAGAGAAUAUGCCAUUCUACCAUCAAGACAAUCCAUUUGCUAGGUCUUUCUUUAGCAAUACCUUUGGACAAAGCAGGGAACAGAGAUUUGGACAAAGUCCUUUUUGGGGGCAACAGGAAGAACAUUCUUCCUGGUCUGAGUUUCAUCAAAGCAGGAAACCAUUCACUUCUUCUGACAGAGACUUUGAAAUGACUUCCAUUGAAGCAAAUAGUGCAUCAGCUGGUCAUGGCCACAGUGUUCCUUCUCAACGCUGGAGAUCAUUUUCUCCCAGUUACAGAACAGAUAUUUCCAGAGAGCAAGAAGAGCCACAUCCUUGGCAGUUUGAUUCUCAAACAUCCACACUGGAGAGCAUGGAGGUGUCACAAGGUAAUAGGAACCAGUCGACUCAUUUUGGCACACCAAAUGUUUGCUCCAUGACUGGUUCAAGCAAUCACAUCAAACCUGGUGGGUUAGAAUGUCAACAGGACACUUGUCCUAUAGAAGUACAUAUAAACAAAGAACGUUACUCAUUUGGAAUUGCUCAGACUUCAGCAUCCUCAUUCAAAACUUCCUUCCCUCAGAUUCCCGAUGACAGAGGGAAUCCUCAGAGCCCCAACUUUCAGAAUUCCGCAGUCACUUUGCAGAAAGUUAAGCCUGCCUCUCUUCCCAUAAGAAGAUAUACAGAAGUCACUAUGACCAACAGCAAUUCAGUUGUUUCUCCACCUCUUCCUGAAAGUCAACCCAAUAUCCUGGUCACAGAAGUGAAUAAUGAGAAAGACUUGAAUGAAUCUAUUUUGGAAAAAGACACACAACUAAACAAGAUGGACCAGACAAACGUGACUAGUGAAAUACCUCAACCUGUUUCACAGACAGUAAUUUCUAACCCUUUACCUGAUUUUCAAAAUCCCCUCUCCCAGGACUCAGCCAAGAGCAACAGACUUGUUUUUAAUGCAUCUACCCCAGUAAGUUCAAAAAGGUCACCUGGAGUCAUUUCCAGUAAAGAUAUCUCCAAAAUUCAUAUAUCACACAGAGAUAAAGCCAAUGAACUAAAGAAAGAUAAGAAUUAUACCAGGAACAGAAAACUUGGCUCAGCAAUUUCCCUUCCUUUCAUUCAGGAAAACAGAACAACAUCAUCUUUUCCCAGCCCAAAUCAAGGUUGUCACGAGGAAUUAACAGUAAGUAAUGAAGAUAUUUCAAACAUUGUUAAAUAUAACCGCUGGAGCUCUGAACCUCCAGAAAACCCUGCUAUUUUAGAUAUUAAGGAAGAACAAUGUACCACAACUCAUUCUACCAACUGUAGCAAGUUGGCUGCUGGCCACAACAUUCCAUGUGAUUCUUUAGAUUUGUCAUCAAGUACACUACCAGAUUCCUUAUCAUCGAAUAAUUCUUUCCCUGAUGCUCUGUUGAUUCCUUCUACUACACUGUUCUCCAGGAAAAGUCUUUCCAGCAAAGAUCCAUCUCUGGGAGAAAGAGAAGAAAAAGACAAUGAUAGCAAGAACCAAGAUAAUCAGUUCACCCUAAGCCCCUCAGAAAACCAAAAAAGUAAUGAUAAUUGUGUGACUGUACAUAAUGAAGUGAUUGAUGUUGUCAAAUGCCAUUCACACCCUCCUUUCAAGGAUGGAAAGGGAAAAGGAAAAAUAAGGCAAAGCAUGUCCUGUACUGAAAAGUCAAGCAAAAUGGAAAGUAGAUCAACACCCACAAGUGAUAGCUGUAGCCUCAGUGAGGUGAAUCAAAGCAACUCCCAGGACCCUGAGCUUCACACAAUUUAUUGCACCUUACCCAGACAAUCAGCCAGUUUUCUCAUUGGUAACAGGGAGUCAGAAGGUAAGAUAAUGGCUUCUUCAUUUAGGAAUGAGCCACUUCCAUUCCAAAUCAAAAAUAAUGUGGAAGAUCCAAGAGGGAAGUACACAUCAAAUGAAUUCAGUCCCAGUCCUGAGUCAGAAAGCAAAUGUUCCAAAGUAGUUUCAGACUCAGUCUCAGUAGCCCCUGAAGCCACCCAGAGGAUGACAAAAAUGAAAAACAUUGGAUCUGCUUCUGUUAGAAAAGGACCACUUCCGUUUCUCAUCAAGAGGGCUGUGUCUUGUCCUUCAGGAGUACCAUCUCCCUCAGUUGGAAGAGAUGAAAGAGAAAAAUGCUUGGUCUCAGACACAGAUGCUUCUGCUAUAACAUUAAGGCCUUGGGAGAGAAUCAUUAACCCUCUGGAAAGUGACUCAUCCAUUAGGGAUUGUUCUUUAACUAAAAGAUGCCACCAAAAGGAAUACUUUCAAGAAUGCACUGAAAAGGAUGGUAAAAUUUCUGCCUCCAGGAUGGGUGUAUUUUCCCUUUCAAAUGAAGACCCUUUACCUUUUUCUUCAGACAUGUCAGGAAAAGAAAGCGGAAAAACAUUACAUAAAUUUAAGACUACGAGUAUGUUUUCUGUUUCUGGUGAUGAAGAUAAUGUAAAAUGUCUUGAGGUGGUUUCAAUAUAUUACACGCUACCAAGGAAACACAGCAAAAAAUUCUGUAACCUCCUUCAAAAAUAUACACAAAAUAUUGAUUCACUUACAGAAUUAGCUAAAGCGGAGACUGAGACAUUUCCUAAUGCUUUAGAAAAAGACAAACUAAACUAUUCUACACGAGAGCAGUCAGGAACACCUUCACCAGAAGAUCUAAAGAUGUUGGUCAACUCUGCUCAGGAGAACAGCUAUUGUCCUUCUCAUGCCACUGAAAAAAGGACUCUUUUACAGUUACCAAGUAGUGGGCCCUCAGAACCUACAUUCCAGGAAAUGGCUUCUGUUGAAGCAGAUGUUUCUCUUCAUAAAGGAGAAUCUAAAACUAGAGAGAUUUCCCAAGAUCACUUAGCUAAAACACCAUCUCUAAGCAAUUCACAAAGCAGGAAAGUAAGGGGGCAAAAAUUGCAAAGUGAAACCCUACCUACUUCAUCAGUUCUUCAGGGAAAAAAAGUUGCAGAAAAGGAAUCUGAAAAUUGUCAGCAAUCCAUUAAAUCAGGUAACAGUGGUCCUUUUAAUCUUCCAGCCCAUUCAGAAGAGAAUGUUGAAAAUUCCCAAACUGGGAGAAGUUCUGGGGAGGGUGCAGGUGGCGGUAUAGCCAUUACAGCUACUGGAAGUGGAAAGUGUCUUCAGAAAGGUAUCAAUGACAGUGCCAAUGGAUUGCAGCCUAGGGAAGUCAGGAGGGAAAUUGGAACAGAUUUCCAAAAAAUGACUGAUGAAGCACUUUCUGACUCAGAAAGCCAAGUCUGUGCUCUGACUCCAGCUUUGCAUAAACUACAGCUUGAUGAGGUGACCCAUUCAGGUGAACCAGAUUUAGAGAGUUUGCCGUCUGAACCCAGGAAACUACCUCAAAGAAGUCAGGAGGUAAAUAUGACAGAGAACCUGAAGGCUAAGGAUGAAAUGCAGAAGUUGGCAUGGGAUCAACCUUCACUUCCUGGAGGAAGUAGUAAAUAUAAAACCAGCUUGGAUGACCUAGAAAAAGGGAAAAACAGAUCUUCAGUUAAACACAGAUUGGCAGCCGUGUCCAAAGCAGGCAAAAAAUUUCCAGCUAAAGAUUUAAGCUCCAGAAGACAUGUAGCUACUAUUUUCCCCCAAAGUGGCAACAGUUCUGGCUUUGGUGGUUUAUCUCUUGGCACACCAAAGUGCCACCCACUGUCCACUGAGCCUUCUCCAAAGUCCACAGAAUCCACAGAUGAAAGCAGGUUUAGUAAUGAUGGGAUGGAUGUGCAGAAAUCUGAGAACCCUCUCCAGGUUACUGUAAUAUCCAACAGAGAAGCUUCUGCACAUUUAAACAAUCAGAAGUCUAACAGCAUUUCACAACCACAUCAGAUUGAGUCUGAAAAUAUCACAGAAUCACCACCAAAGGAUGAGGAUUCUAAAGCUGUAACAGUAGCUCAGAUUUUAGAAAGUGAGUCAGAAGUCUUGGCCCAACCUACAAUCACCAGGCUCGGGGAAGCAGACUUCUCUGACCAUCCUUUUCCACUAGAGCCGGCAGAGAAAUCAAUAAACAGUCCACUGGCCAGUUGUCAGCAACAACAAAGGAGUGCUUCAUCUCUGGAGAGGGAACCUGAGCCUCCACACCACUAUCGUUCAAAGAGUUUAAAAAACAUCAAUGUGCAUGGCGAUCUGCUACGCAAAAGUCAUCCUCCGAAAGUCAGAGAGCGCCAUUUUUCUGAAACCGCUUCUAUUGACAAUGCCCUGAGUGGACUGACCCUUGGGAAUGAAUUCUCUAAUAACAGUGGGUACAGUCGAAGAUUCAAAUCUUUUUCUGAACUUCCGUCCUGUGAUGAAAAUGAAAAUUGGGCUUUGUAUAACAGCAGGACAAGAAUGGGUCGCAAGUCUGUAACAUCUAUAUCCAGACCUAUUGACUAUGGAAUUUUUGGGAAAGAACAACAGUUGGCUUUCUUGGAGAAUGUAAAGAGGUCACUGACAGAAGGAAGAUUAUGGAAACCGAGUUUUCUAAAGAACCCGGGCUUCCUGAAAGAUGAUGUAAUUAACCCUUCUAACCCAUUGAAGUCGUCAACCUCAAAUUCUCCUAGCAAUCAAAUGCCAGAAGAUGGCUUAUCUCCAAGUACACCACUUAAUAUCUAUGAAGAGGAUCCAGUAGACUCAGACUGUGACACAGAUACAACCACAGAUGACGAAUACUACCUGGAUGAAAAUGACAAAGAAUCAGAACUGUGAGGCUUUUUCAAUAAAAUGCAUAACCUUUUCACCAAAAGCUUGUAAUGGAAAUAAAGCAUAAAUGUGUAUGUCCAUGGGAAGGACAGAUAUAAAAAAGAUCUAGUUGGGGCUGGCCCUAUGGCUGAGUGGUUAAGUUCACACGCUCUGCUUCAGCGGCCCUGGGUUUCACCAGUUCGGAUCCUGGGUGCAGACCUAGCACCGCUCAUCAAGCCAUGCUGAGGUGGC